AUGAACUCGCCGUGCUUCAUCCCUCCUCACUCUCGCCGUAUCGACCCUGCCCGGGCGCACAGCGCUACGCUCAAACCUGAUGGCUCGGCCAACGACAACGACCGCGUAGAAAUCGGUCCAACUCCGCUGGCGUUCGCGGAGUGGGAGCAGCUGGGCUUGCAGCCGCCUCACCUACCCACCAUGCGCGCGUUUCGCCUGCAACGCCUUCGCGAUCAGCUGGUUGACCGCGGCCUUGGUGGCAUCCUGCUGUUCGAUCCACUAAACAUUCGCUACGCCACUGACUCUACCAAUAUGCAGUUGUGGACUACGCACAAUCCCGCCCGCGCCUGCUUCGUCGCAGCUAACGGUUAUGUAGUGCUGUGGGAUUUCCAUGGUUGCAACCAUCUUACCGCGCACCUGCCACUGAUCAACGAACUGCGCAGUGGCGCCUCAUUCUUCUACUAUGAAACCGCCGAACAUACCAGUAAACACGCCACCAGUUUCUGCGCACAAGUUGACGAAUUGCUCCGAAAACAUGCCGGCAACACCCGCCGGCUAGCCGUGGACCGCAUUGAAGUCGCAGGCGUGCGCGCCCUCGACGCGCUGGGAGUGGAAAUCUGUGAUGGGCAGACGGUCACCGAGCACGCUCGGAAGAUUAAAGGGCCAGACGAGAUCCGGGCUAUACGCUGUGCAGUCGCAUCUUGCGAAGCCGCGAUCGGUGAGAUGCGCCAGGCCAUGCGCGCCGGUGCCACCGAAAACGAUGUCUGGGCUGCUCUGCACGUCGGCAAUAUUCGCCGUGGUGGCGAAUGGAUUGAAACUCGUAUUCUUAGUUCCGGACCGCGCACCAACCCUUGGUAUCAGGAAUCUGGGCCGCGGGUAAUUCGCGACGGAGACCUGGUGUCCUUCGAUACCGACCUCAUCGGCGUAUACGGGAUGUGCGUGGACAUGUCGCGCAGCUGGAUCUGCGGCGAUCUCGAGCCUACAGCCGAACAGAAACGCCUGUAUCGCAUCGCCCACGAACAUAUCACCACCAACAUCGAGAUGGUCAAGCCCGGGGUACGCUUUACGGACCUGACGCGCAACGGUCACCGCCUGCCUGAAAGCUGCCGCGCUCAGCGCUAUGCCGUGAUGUUCCAUGGCGUAGGCUUGUGCGACGAGUACCCGUGCAUUCGCUACCCAGAAGACUUAGAAUCAUACGGCUACGAAGGAGAGCUGCAACCGGGCAUGGUGUUAUCCGUUGAGGCGUAUGUCGGUGAAGUCGGAGGCAAGGAUGGCAUUAAGCUGGAGAACCAACUACUCGUGACCGAGACCGGCUAUGAGCUACUGACUCACUAUCCAUUCGAAGAGAGCUUCCUGCGCGACUGA